GGGUCAGGACAGGAUCAGGGACGGGUCGGGCCAAUUUUCAGCCCUAAUCUACACAUAUAUAUGUGUUUGGACUUAAGAAGACCAUGUGACACAAAACAAUGCUCAAAGUGCAAGAUCACGAUUCAAGCAAGUCCACAAAAUUUGGGGAUAUCCAACAAAGUAAGGACAAUCAUAGGAAACAUAAUACGGGGAAAAGAAGAAGGAAAACAACUUCUCUUAAAUGGAAAUCAUAAGGAUAACUAUCAAGUAAUGCUUAUGCUAUACUCUAAAAGCACUUCCUUGUGAAGAAGCAGAUUGUAUCCUUAGGUGUGUAGAAAUGGUCUUUCUUGAUGACCAAGGAUUAGCCCUAGCACGGCUCUCCUUUAAGCAGCUGCUGAACUUGUCACACAAGGAAUGCAAUGCACACCUCUUCGUGAUUGUUUGAGCCCAAAUUGGAUUGUAGAUCAUGAUCAUUAGUGAGGCUUGGUGUUGCUUCUUGAGCUUACUUUUGUCUCAUGGGCAUGUGAAUUGAGCCCGAAUCCUUGAAAUUAAAGUGUUACAUGAUUAUUUCGAUUUGUUCCGAUUUAUCCGACUUGUUUGACCUGUUUUGGAGCGGGUCUAUGGGGUGGGGCAGACAUGGGUAUUCUUAUCGACCCGACCUGCCAUGACUCGCCCCGUUCUCGACCAAUUCGUGCCUAAAUUACAUGUAAUCUUAGUCAAAUUACUUAGAAUUUUUCUUAAUUAUACCAUAUUUUAGCUACUAUAAAGUUGUGAAUUAGUGAAAACUUCAAUUUCUCCAAUAACUUAACUACUACAUUUUAUCAUAUUAUGAUUUGUUUCUUGGUCUUUAUAAUGAAAAUAACGAAUAUUUCUGAUACUUUCCAUAUAAAUUACAUACACAUUGGGUCGACCUGCCGCCCGACCCGCGCCCCGUGAUAGAUUACCAGACCUAGACCCGACCUACCAUGGGGCGGGUAUCUCGAUACUCAUACCGCCCCGGACCUGCCCAUUGUCAUUCCUACAUCAGAAACACUUGUAGUUCAUCCUUGGAACCUUUUAGUUUGACUCUGUGUGAUUGGUUGGUCCUUGAAUUAGAUCGUAAUUAGGUCCUUGGAUCAUUCUUGGAGUGCAUGAGAUUGAUUGAUAAUUCCACUAAUUAGUAAUUACACAACAUUAAGUAGUUGAUUACCUUUUCAAUAAUCAUGAGGUGUAGGUUUAUUCUGAGUACUUUUUACAGUUAUGGUGACGAUGGUGAGGGACUGAGGACAAUCGAGCGUCCUGUUAUUCGUUUAGUUUCUGAAAAAGUCAGUCUGAUAACCCCGAUUUUGUGGUUUUCUUGGUACGCAAGCAGAUUUCGCCCGCCCUGGCCCUGCCAAGCCAAUCUCGUUACAGUAAGAAAGAGAAAAGCAACAAACACCAGAAGUAGUACUCGCCCAGUCGCCGCCCCCACUGAUUUCCCUUUCGCUUCUUCCCCUCUGCUCUGUAUCUGCAUACCAGAGAUAUUCGCUGCUGCAACACCUUCUCUUUCUCUUCUUUCAUUCCCCAUCGGAGGAGGAGUGCCCAUAUCAGCAAACCCACAAGGGGGAGCAAAAAAUGGCGGCAAGGUUGGACAGUGUGGUGGAGUUACUUCGGCCGCUCGUCUAUUCCAGAGCUUGGGAUUACUGUGUUGUUUGGAAGUUGACGAAUGAUCCUUCCAGGGUUGUGGAAUGGAUGGGCUGUUGCUGCAGCGGCGCGAAGAUGGGUUCCGUCGAUCCUGCUGAUAGCGUCGUCAAGCAGGAGAUUGGAGCAGAGGUAAUGGGCACUCGUAAUUUUUGGGGUCCGCUCUGUAGAGAUGUUCACUUGAAGCAUCGGAUUAGCACAACGGCUUGUCAAGCUCUUGCUCGCUUGCCUUCUUUCAUGCCUUUGUAUUCUGGGAUUCAUGGAGAGGUUGCCAUUUCAAGUCGAUCAAGGUGGCUUCACCACGCCGGCAAUGUCGCUGAUUCUGAGUGUCAUUCUGAAUCAUCUGGGACUCAAGUUUUGAUCCCGGUGCUCGGCGGGCUUGUUGAGCUUUUUGCAGCCAAGCAUGUGCCUGAAGAUAAGAAGAUUGUCGACUUGAUUAUGACUCAUUGUAACAUGCUUCUUCUUGAGACUCUCAAGGAGAAUGAUCUCAACCCCUUGCUCCAAAACGAGUUCCACGAUCUGUUGUCUCCCUUCCACAUGUUCAGUCUCAUUCCCGAGAUACAGCUUCUUCCUCCCACAUUGCCGCGGCAGCUAUCCACUGCCAGUAACGGCUUUGAAGGAUCAUCAAGCACUUGCAGGCCUUCAAAUGGUUAUCCAUUGUUGGAUCUGUGUUAUAGUCCAUUUUCUGUACAAAAUGUAGGAUCAGGUAGCUCAACUGAAUCCAAGUACCAGGAGAGCUUCCUGAAGAAACAAGCCCCCACUCCAAGGGUGGUUUCACAGGGUAAGCAGAAAUUGGACAGAAACACGAACAAAUCCAAGAAUCUUACGUCGGAGAGGAACAGGAGGAACAGGAUACAAGAACGGAUGCUCUCCCUACGUGCCUUGGUCCCCAAGAUUACAAAGAUGGACAAAGUUUCAAUAAUUGGAGAUGCAAUCGAGUACAUUAUUGAGUUGCAGAACGAGAAACAGAGACUCCUAGAGGAGCUUCAACAGAUUGAAAAUGAGCAAGGCAAGGAGGUCGACGUGAAACAGGAAUUAGGUGAUGACGACCUACCCGUUGCUGCUAAAACUAGAAGGAUUGAGGCUCAACUAGACGUGACCCGCAUUAACAAAAACGAGUACUUGAUCAAGCUCUUGUACCACCAGAAGAAUGGCGGAUUCGUGAAGCUGAUGGAGACUUUGAGCUCUCUAGGUCUUCAAGUUGUAGAUGCCAACAUUACCAACUUUGAUGGCCAAGCUCUAAACAUUCUCCGGGUUGAGGGAAACAAGGAAAUCCCAGAGAUGAAACUGAAAGACACGUUGGUGAAGCUAGUAUGAGAAGUACGUAUUUCAGGAAGCACAUGGAAGAAGAUAGAAGAAGCGAGGAAGGACCUUCUUUCCCCCCCUCCUUAUAUAUGCAGCUUUUGGCCUCUUCGCUGGCGAACUUAAGUGUAGCCUGACAAUGAUUGCGGAGAGAAAAAAAAUCUCAUCGAUGACGUGGGUUACAAGUACUGACAUUGAGUUCCUUUUGUUUACCUGAACUUCAGUUUCUUGAAAUCCUAAGUACGAUGUAAAUUCAAAGGGUUUCUUCUUUACAUGGCAGAGCGUACAAUGAGGAAGAAGAAGCAAAAACCGUUAACCAUAUAGCAGAGGUGUUCAGGUUAAUCCGAGGUUUGAUAUCGAUCCACUCGCAAAUAGCUUAACAUGCGGUGGGUUGGUGAUAUAUGUAGGCGGGUGACCCGCACGAUAUUUUCACAUAAUCAAAUGACUCGUGCCUAAUUACACCUAUCCCGAUCAAAGACGAAGUGCAACAUCUAACCAAGUGUAGUAUAGAGCAACUAUUUCGUAAUAUCAACUGCCGUGGUUUAUCUAUUCCUACUUCAAUGAACUAUACGUUAUCUAGCGAUCUGAUUGUUGUUUUAACUACGACUCUAAACAAGCAUGCAAGUAAAUUGAGAUAAAAUUUAAUUGAGGAAACAUCACUCGGAUGUGUUUCCUCUCGGUACAUGCCGAAUUAACGUUGUGACACCCUAGCAUAAUUCACACUUCGCAUAUACCAUGGGGAGCUCUAAUUUAGAUAAGACUCCACAUUCGAGUUAUUCUACCCGGCUCAAUUGCGCUACCCGGAGAGGCCUACCAAAUAACCGACCUAGACAAUUGAGCCAAUCAAAACUACUCCCACAAUUUGGUAAAAACCCGAUACAACACAAGGAAUCUAAUCACACUUGUUCAUAGACUCCAAGUAUUGAAUUGACAAUGCUCUAGAUCAACAUUAAGGAGAUAUUCUCUCACCUAGAUCAAUUAGCCCCAAAUAGAGGGAAGUUAUCAAUUUGGAUGAAUAAUACUCAAAUCAAUAUAUAAUCAAGAUGCAAAUCAAGGAAUAGGGUUCACAAACAAUCAAUUACAACAUAAUAGACUAGGGUUCUACAAUACCCAAGUGAAUUGGAGGACUACUCUAUGGUUAGAUUGACAAAAACAACCAAAGUGGAAAAGACAAUCAUCAUGAUGAGAAGAUCCUGCUCCUUGGCUGCUUGUUGUGUUCUUGAAGAUGGAAUCAAUCCUCCUAUGGUGGCGGGUGGCUCUAAUUGACCUUCAACCCUCCUUGCUUGUUACUUUCUUUCUCUAGCAUAGAAGAACACCUCCGAUUUCUCUAUAAAAAAGCCAAACCCCUUAAAAUAUGAUUUUUCCUCUCUUUUACACUCCGUAGUGAAGAGUUCACGGUUGACAAUCACGCCCAUGAACUUCGCAACAAUAUCGUGAUGCAGACUGAAAACGCACAUCAUGGUCUGGUCAAAAUCUUCACGCCUUGAGACCGCGAAGUCUGCAACUAGCCGUGAGUCGUCCUGGUCUUCCAGGGAACAUGCAACGUUCAAUUUCCAUCAUCUUUGACUGUUUUCACCAUUUGGUCCCAUUUUGUCUAAUUUCCACCCGACUUUCGACCCUUUUGCCAAUUUCACCUGUUAGAGCCUAAACACACUAAAAAAUAACAAAACCUAGUGUAAAAUGACUCCAAGGACGAUGGUACACAAGUCAAACGACAAAAGGAAAGGGGUAUAGAUUGGCUCGAAUCACAUACUACACACACCAUCGACUUAUGAAGAUAGAGAAUAAAUCAUAGGAAUAAUA